AUCUGGUUGUCAUGCAUCUCAUAUGGUUUCCUGUGUAUACACAGUGAGAUACCUGAAUUUAUUUUCUACAGAGACAUUUCACAGCAAGGGGAACCAAGGCAUUAUGGGUGCGUCUUCUUCUGGCUUGUUGGAUGAGGCCAAAAUCAGCCACAUUAAAGGAAUUAUUGACAGCACGUUCCAGGACUUCAGUGCAUUUUACCGUCAGCAAUACUCUUCUGCCUAUGCUGGACACUUACACCAGGAGGUGGAGCCUAAGAAGGAGGGGAGAGGCCUGUUGCUGACUCAAAGGCCUGAGUGUGCUCCAGAGGAGGUGAUCUACCAAGGUAAUGUGAAGUUCUCCUGCUGGGAUGAGCAGGGAAAGAAAUUCAGAGAGAGGUACGCCGUCCUGAGGAGAGACUACAAAGUCGAGAUACAUGAAAACAAGGAGUCUUUCAAUCGUGGAUGUGCCGCUAAGUUGGUCCUCCAGCCAACAGGGGGCAGUGCGCUGACCUCAGAAGAGGAGUCCAGAGCUCACCUGGAGAAAAUGUGUGCUGUUAUACUCAACGGGAAGGAGGAUUCUUCUCCGGUGGUGUCAUCUCCAGAUGUGAUUGCUGUGUAUCUGCACCUGCCCUACACAGGCUAUGCCUGCUUCCUCUUUCAGCAGGAAGAAGAACGAGAUCACUUCCUGUCUGCGCUCAAGACCUGCAUUAGACACCGUAACCUUGACCCCUGGUGUAAGUCCUCCUAUGAGAGCCAUGCAUACAUGCGAGCACUCCGACUCGACCGGCAGGACAAAGGAUGCUAUGAAUCCUGGGAUAUGCUGCUCGGAACAGAGGAGGAGGUUCUGGCCUCCCAGGUGAUGGAGGAAGUGUUGCCCUGGUUGCAGAGUCAGCUUCAGUCCAAAGUGAAGGGCAAGAAGGCAGAGAGGAUACGACAGUGGUUGGCUACAGUGCACGCAACCUACACGUUGGCACUUGAACAGCUGAUAUCAAGUAUGGAGGGUCUGAGGGAGGAGUGUCGUCAGACAGCAACAGCCAAUCAAGCGCUGAUCAGAUCCAACCUGGACCAGAUAGUGUCUUCUCUGUCCUUCCUGGAGCAAAAAGUCAGAGUGUGUAUACAUGAAGAAGCAGAGCAAGUGUACAGCGAAUCUGUGGCCCCCUACAUGUCCUCCAUCCUUGAAGUACUUACAGAGAACAUAAGUGAAGGGAUUCACGGAAUGCAACAGACACUGCACAGACAGAUGGACUCUGCCUUCACACACACAAAUGGAGGAACAGAGGACACUAAGAAGGCCUUGCUCUCUCUGCGCUCCAUCAGUCUGGAUCAGUGCUACAGGCAGGUGAAGAACCUCACACAGACGCUUGCUGACUUAAAACUGCGGUUUGGAUUGAUCAGCUCAGAGAGGCUGGUUCACUCUGCACAUCUGGAAAUGGAGCAGCUGCUGGACAGUGCUGUGUACACCUUAGAACUGUUCCUCCAAUCAUCGGCCAGACUGCAGCCUUCUGAAAUUCCUGUCAAGAUGGAGAGAGCUAAAGAAAGAGUGCUGAAGCAGCUGGACUACGACAGCAGAGUUAUCCAGAGGAGGCUCUAUCAGGAAGCUCUGCUGGAGAUCACUCUGCCUGCUCUCACCAGGAGGAUGGACAUCAAGUGGAAAACUGAGCUGCAGCAGUUUGAGCAGUACAUCUUCUCUGACUACAGCAGCUUUAUCCUGAUCCAUAAUGUCCACGAGGAUGUUCUGAGAAACAUCCUCAGCACGGAGAUAGAAACAGUGGUGCAGGAUGCUGCCAGUAAGAACAGCAACAAUGUGUUACUGGACAUGUCGGACCUGGCCAUCAGUCAGUACAGUCUGUUGGGACAGACGCCCGCUUGCUCCGCACUACACAGCCCAGCCAAAAACAACUCUCCAGAUGUUUCUUCAGAAGGGCCCAGUGGAGAUACAGAGUCUGCUUCUGUGGUGGAGGAGGAGGCUCAGACGACAGCUCACCCUCAGACUGACCCAGAACUUAAUGCUGCAGCUGAAUCUGAUCCCAGCUCCACUCGAGGUUCUGACCAGAGAUCAUUGCCUCUAUCUCCAGUGAUUGUUCUGAAACAACAGUUUAAUGAAUCUUCAACUGAGGAAGUUUCUUGCUCAGAGGAAACCCAUCAAGAUCCUCAACCUGGAACUGACACACAUUCGAUGCCGGAUUCGACCACAGCUGAUACUGGAACACCUGACCACUCUAUUAUCGCAGAAACCACUAAUCCCACCCCAGUCUCUCCUGAGUCCUCAGUGUCCUUGCUGCAGUCCACAGAUGUCCUUGCUGAAUGUGCUCAAAGCGAUCAAUCUGCAACACUUAACAGUUCUGCUUCCUCAGACCAAAUACCAGAGGAUGCUUCUGUCAUCCAGCCCUGCUGCCCUUCACCAUCAAAACGAUUUUCCACAGACAGUCCGACAAUUAUCAGCCUGGAGUCACUAAACAAGGCCAUCAGUUGCAACGCCAAUGAACCUUCUGUUACAAUGGUACCGCAGACUACUGACAGAGCAGUUUACCUGACAGGAGUCACCAAGGACAGCUGGGAGGCGGAGAGGGUAAAAGAGGAGGAACAAAACGAGGCAGAAGAAGAAGAGAAGACUGAAGGCGAUGAAGACAAAGGUAGCGAGCUUGAGAAAAUGAAUGAGGGGGAAGCAGAUGAGAGAGAAGAACACAUAGGAAAAGCAGUGCAGGUAAAGGAGGUGGAAGAGGAGCAGCUCCAAAACCUUCAGCCAAUGGAAAUGCAGCCAGAGAGUUCUGCCGAACCACCAUUGGACAGUGUGGCUAUUAUCAGAGAGCUUGUGACAGAGAUCACUGAAGUGGAGAUGGUUGUCAGUCCCUGUCCCAACAACAACGCACCCUGACCUGGACAAGUGUGGACCCUGACCGAUGGGACCACAGUUGAUAAAGAUGGACAUGCCUCCACUUCCACCUACUUUACAAAUAUGAAGCCAAAUUAUCCUGAAAUUUGGAGUCUGACGGUGGUGGGAAGCCAGCCCUCCUUAGCUCGACCAAUCACGAGUCAGUCUCACCUGUCAAUCACCUGUCCCACUCCAUUAUUGUGGCAUAAAAUUAUGAAGAAAAAAAAACGACCUAAUGAUAAGGACCAAAGCCAUCUUUGGAAAAAUAAAUUUACUUUUAAUUUGCUUUUACUUUGGUUAAACCCAUUCCAUCAAUAGUUUAUCACAUUGUCAACAUGAAAUAAAAAAAUGUGUACUUGUUUCUUUUUGGCUAACACUCAAAUGACUCAAACUAAUAAAGAUGCUGUCAGCAUCAUGUUCUUGAAGAUACUUUCUUUCAUUGUUUGGCAACACUGAUGUACGAUCACUAUCAUCGGAGUCUUAUUUGAUGAAUUUCAAUCAAUAUACAAUCUAAUUACAGCUAUGUUUUCAUGAGUGCCACCAGCUCUGAUGAAAAAUAUCUGGCUCUGUAGCAGCUAAAUGUUCCACUGUGCUGGUCCCUGAUUGUCUGGUCAGGCCAGUACUCUGGGUUUAUCAGAGCUAAAACCGAACCAAACAAUGUACUAUAUACAAUACUAUACUUGAAGCCAUGAAACCAAAACAGUUAACUGAAAGCUGCUACAAAGCUCCAUAGAGAUGAGCAGAAGAACAGAGUCAGUGAUAAUAAAGCAGCAGGUUCAUCACGGGUGGUGCAUUUUGGUUACAAAAGUAUUACUAUACUAUUUGACAUGAUAUUCUGACUUCACAGUGAUGAUAUUACGUCAUCAUUCCAUCUUAUGAUCAAAUUUCAUUUUAUCUAUCCAUAUUUGUGUGCAUAGUCCUCCAUGAUGCAGAGAUACCUGGAAAAUGUGACUUUUGAACUUUGCAUGAAGUGAUUUCCUGACCUAUAUCAGCACUGAAAGUUAAUCAGGAGAAACCCUUCCAAGUCAUAUUUUCCACACACACCUGCUAUGCAGCUAUGAUUUCACACAUUGAUAUACAUCAAUGCCUUUCCAGGACUUAAUCAUUCUAUCGGUGACUAAAUCUGAUUUGUUGUAUUUCAUCAAGGUAUAUCUAAAGUAAACCAAAUCAAAAUAUUUUUGAAGUGACUGACAGGGUAAAAGGUACAUACAAUGCAUUUGGUUCAACAUGUGAACAUACACACAUAUACUUGUUUACAAGAAAACUGAGCAAGGUACCCAUGAUAUCCGAAUGUAACAGUGAACACAGUGUGGUAUUAAAACAGUCAAAUAUCA